GGAGCCUGGCGGCGGCGAAGCAGCGGCCUGGGGGCUCCCCCCGGCGUGCGCGGGCCGAGCGGGCCGGGCCGGCGGCCGCGGCGGGGGCUAUGACGCACCCGUUGCGGGGCUCCGCACCCCCGCGUGUCCCGCAGGCAGGUCCGGCGCGCGGCUGAGAACGUCCAACCGGCGGUAUGGCCUCACAGCUGCAGGUGUUCUCCUCUCCGUCAGUAUCCUCGAGUGCCUUCUGCAGUGCCAAGAAACUGAAAGUGGAGCUCUCUGUCUGGGAUGUUUCAGGACAGAGCAGUAGUGACACAUAUUAUACCCACAGCAAAAACCUCCCAGCAGCUCAAGGGCAAGCAAGCUCCUCUCAUCAGGUAGCCAACUUCAGCAUCCCUGCUUACGAUCAGAACCUCCUGCUCCCUGCUCCUUCAGUUGAGCACGUUGCAGUGACAGCAGCUGACAGCACAGGCAGCAGUGCAACAGCGUCCUUCCAGAACAGCCAAACCCUAACACGUAGGAGCAACCUUUCUUUACUGGAACCAUACCAAAAAUGUGGAUUAAAAAGGAAAAGUGAAGAGGUCGACAGCAACGGUAGUGUGCAGAUAAUUGAGGAACAUCCACCUCUCAUGCUGCAAAACAGACCUGCGGUGGGUGCUGCGGCCACAACCACCACGGUAACCACUAAAAGCAGCAGUUCCAGUGGUGAAGGUGAUUACCAGCUGGUCCAGCAUGAGAUCCUGUGCUCUAUGACCAACAGCUAUGAGGUCUUGGAAUUCCUGGGCCGAGGGACGUUUGGGCAGGUGGCAAAAUGCUGGAAGCGUAGCACAAAGGAGAUUGUAGCCAUCAAAAUCCUGAAGAACCAUCCUUCUUACGCUAGGCAGGGCCAGAUAGAGGUGAGCAUCCUCUCUCGCUUGAGCAGUGAGAAUGCUGAUGAAUACAACUUUGUUCGCUCCUACGAGUGCUUUCAACACAAGAAUCAUACAUGCCUUGUAUUUGAGAUGCUGGAACAGAACUUAUAUGAUUUCUUAAAGCAAAACAAAUUCAGUCCAUUGCCCUUGAAAUACAUCCGGCCAAUUCUGCAGCAAGUGGCUACUGCCUUGAUGAAGCUGAAGAGCUUGGGUCUGAUACAUGCUGACCUGAAACCAGAAAACAUCAUGUUGGUGGAUCCUGCACGCCAGCCCUACAGAGUGAAGGUGAUCGACUUCGGUUCAGCCAGCCAUGUGUCUAAAGCAGUGUGCUCCACUUACUUGCAGUCACGUUAUUACAGAGCUCCUGAGAUCAUACUGGGUUUGCCAUUCUGUGAAGCUAUUGACAUGUGGUCGCUGGGCUGUGUGAUAGCUGAGCUGUUUCUGGGCUGGCCUCUGUAUCCAGGAGCAUCUGAGUAUGAUCAGAUCCGUUAUAUUUCACAGACUCAAGGCUUGCCAGCGGAGUAUCUUCUCAGUGCAGGAACGAAAACAAGCAGGUUCUUUAACAGAGAUCCGAAUUUGGGAUACCCACUGUGGAGGCUAAAGACCCCGGAAGAACAUGAGUUGGAGACAGCAAUAAAAUCAAAAGAAGCUCGGAAAUAUAUAUUCAACUGUUUGGAUGAUAUGGCGCAGGUGAAUAUGUCUACAGACUUAGAAGGAACUGACAUGUUGGCAGAGAAGGCUGACCGAAGGGAAUACAUUGAUUUGUUGAAGAAAAUGUUGACAAUUGAUGCAGAUAAGAGAAUUACUCCACUGAAGACUUUGAACCAUAAUUUUGUUACAAUGGCCCAUCUCCUGGAUUUCCCACACAGUAAUCAUGUGAAAUCCUGCUUCCAGAAUAUGGAGAUCUGCAAGAGAAGAGUUAAUAUGUACGAUACAGUGAACCAGAUUAAGAGCCCAUUCACAACUCAUGUUGCUCCUAAUACAAGCACAAAUCUCACAAUGAGCUUUAACAACCAGCUCAAUACAGUCCACAACCAGGCCAGCGUAUUGGCUUCCAACUCUACUGCAGCUGCUACUCUUUCCCUGGCAAACUCGGAUGUGUCACUGCUCAACUAUCAGUCUGCUCUGUAUCCAUCAUCUGCAGCACCAGUUGCAGGAGUAGCACAACAGAGUGUUUCCCUGCAACCUGGAACCACCCAGAUCUGCACGCAGACUGACCCAUUCCAGCAAACGUUCAUUGUUUGUCCCCCUGCUUUUCAAACUGGACUUCAGGCAACUACAAAGCAUUCUGGCUUCCCAGUAAGGAUGGAGAAUGCUGUCCCAAUUGUACCGCAAGCACCUGCAGCACAGCCACUGCAGAUCCAGUCUGGUGUUCUCACACAGGGAAGCUGUACACCACUAAUGGUAGCAACUCUUCAUCCUCAAGUAGCCACCAUCACGCCGCAGUAUGCGGUCCCCUUUACUCUGAACUGCGCAGCCGGCCGGCCAGCGCUAGUAGAACAGACGGCUGCAGUACUGCAGGCCUGGCCUGGGGGAACCCAGCAGAUUCUGCUUCCUUCCACCUGGCAGCAGCUCCCAGGGGUUGCUUUGCACAACUCCGUUCAGCCAGCGGCCGUGAUUCCGGAGACCAUCAGCGGCAGCCAGCAGUUGGCUGACUGGAGGAAUGCGCAUUCCCAUGGAAAUCAGUACAGCACUCUCAUGCAGCAGCCAUCGCUACUGACCAACCAUGUGACAUUAGCCACAGCACAGCCUCUGAGCGUUGGAGUUACUCAUGUUGUUAGGCAGCAGCAGAGCAGCAAUGCUCCAGCAAAGAAGAACAAGCAGCCAGCACCAAGCGCGGCCAAGCCCAGCUCAACCGUAGAGACUGUGCCCUCCCAGGUUUACUCGCUCAUUGGCAGCAGUCCUCUGCGCUCCACCUCCUCCUCUUCCAAUGUGCUCAUCCUAGUGCCAGAGCAGCACCAGCCCAUCGUGAUCCCAGACACUCCAAGCCCGCCUGUCAGUGUCAUCACCAUUCGCAGUGACACUGAUGAAGAAGAGGACAGCAAGUACAAACCUGCCAGUUUGAGCAUGAAGCAGAGGUCCAAUGUCAUCAGCUACGUUACUGUUAAUGACUCCCCUGAUUCUGACUCCUCCCUGAACAGCCCUUAUGCCAUAGACACACUUGCCUCUCUGGAGAGCACAGGCGGUGCCCUGGAGCUACCCACUAGAGAGGCAGCUGACAGCUCCAGCUCUCGGAAUAUCAUUGUGCCACCACUGAAGACACAGCUCAGUGACUGCGUCGUAGCUACCCAAGUGUCAGGCAUCCUGAGCAGUACCAGUAAGACCAAGCCAGUGGCCUCCAUGAGCGGGCAAUCAUCAGGAUGCUGUAUAACACCUACUGGGUACCGCUCACAUCGCGUGGUAACAAACGGUGUGCAGCCUCUCAAUCUCAGCCAGAACCAGCAAACAACAGUGCUGGCCUCCCAGGAGAGAAGUGGAAAUGCUGUCCCACGUAGGCAGCAAGCUUAUGUGGCACCCCUUGCAUCGACUAUUUCUCAGGCUCCCUAUGCGUUCCAGCACAGCAGCCCAGUGCAUCCCCACCUUGCAGCAGCAACAGCAAGUGCACAUCUGUCCAGCCAGCCACAUAUGUACACUUAUGCUCCAACCACUGCUGCAACCCUGGGUUCCACCACCUCCAUUGCCCACCUCUUCUCUCCUCAGGGCUCCUCACGGCACACCACAUACGCUGCCCAUCCCAGCACGCUUGUCCACCAGGUCCCUGUGAGCGUUGGUCCGAGCCUGCUGACGUCUGCAAAUGUUCCACCUGCCCAGUACCAACCCCAAUUUGCUCCCCAGUCCUAUAUUGGUGCUUCCAGAGGAUCUACUAUUUACACUGGAUAUCCGCUGAGCCCAACGAAGAUCAACCAGUACUCAUACUUGUAGUUCCCCAGAAGCAAUGGGCUGGGGGUGUUGCAGAAGAAAUUUUGAUGAACCUGGUAAUGGCUGUCUGGCUUUUUAUUUCUCG